CUCCUGAUCCUCCCUGCCUUGAGCUAGCCGAGCCUGAGCCGGGACCAAACACGCCGCCCGCGACCCACACAAAGCCCGGGGGGUCCACGCUGGCGCUGGAGGCGAGCCGGGAGCGAGCCCGGGGCGCGGCGGGACUUGGGGCGCAGGGCUGCCACGGGACACGGGGCUGCUAGUGGGACGCGCGACGGGCGUGGGUUGCAAUCGCUACCCUCUACGGCGGGGCCCGGAACAUCUUGGGCCCUUUGGGGCCGCAGCGAGCGGUGGGGACCAAGAUGAGCAGAGUACCCUGAGCCCGGCAACUUCGGCCCCUCCCCGCCCCCACUCGGCUGCCCACAGUGCGUCCCUCUCCAUGUGCAGACGGCCGGCCAGGCGCUCCGGCUGGCGGCGGAUGGGUGACCUCUUCCUGGCCCGGGCGGGCUGUGCGAGGCGGCGGAGCGGGCGAUGAAGAAGAAGCAGCAGCAGCAUCCCGGCGGCGGCGCGGAUCCCUGGCCCCAUGGGGCCCCUGUGGGGGGCGCCCCUCCGUGCCUGGGCAGCUGCAAGCGCCGGAUCCCGCUGCUGCCUUUCCUGCGCUUCUCCCUCCGGGACUACGGUUUCUGCAUGGCUACGCUGCUGGUCUUCUGCCUGGGCUCCCUUUUCUACCAGCUCAGCGGGGGACCCCCUCGUUUUCUGCUCGACCUGCGGCAGUAUUUGGGAAAUUCUACUUACUUGGAUGACCAUGGACCACCUCCUAGUAAGGUCCUUCCCUUCCCCAGCCAGGUGGUGUACAACAGAGUCGGCAAGUGUGGCAGUCGCACCGUGGUCCUGCUUCUGAGAAUCUUGUCAGAAAAGCACGGCUUCAAUUUGGUCACGUCAGACAUUCACAACAAAACCAGGCUUACUAAAAAUGAACAAAUGGAACUGAUUAAGAAUAUAAGUACCGUCGAACAGCCCUAUUUAUUCACGAGACACGUCCACUUCCUCAACUUCUCCAGGUUUGGAGGUGACCAGCCCGUCUACAUCAACAUCAUCAGAGACCCCGUCAGUAGAUUUCUAUCCAACUAUUUUUUCCGUCGCUUCGGAGACUGGAGAGGGGAACAGAAUCACAUGAUCCGCACCCCCAGCAUGAGGCAGGAGGAGCGCUACCUGGACAUCAAUGAGUGCAUUCUGGAAAACUACCCCGAGUGUUCCAACCCCAGGCUAUUUUACAUCAUCCCGUAUUUCUGUGGACAGCACCCCAGAUGUAGGGAGCCUGGCGAAUGGGCACUGGAGCGGGCCAAGCUGAACGUGAAUGAAAACUUCCUGCUCGUGGGGAUUCUGGAGGAGCUGGAAGAUGUGCUGCUUCUACUGGAGAGAUUUUUACCUCAUUACUUCAAGGGCGUGCUCAGCAUCUACAAGGACCCAGAGCAUAGGAAACUUGGCAACAUGACUGUGACCGUGAAGAAGACUGUCCCCUCUCCCGAGGCGGUGCAGAUUCUCUACCAGAGGAUGAGAUACGAGUACGAGUUCUACCACUACGUCAAAGAACAGUUCCACCUGCUUAAGCGCAAGCUCGGACUGAAGUCUCGCGCGAGCAGACCUCCCCUGAGACCACAGUUCUUCAUUCCCACCCCUCUGGAGACCGAGGAGCCAAUCGAUGACGAGGAGCAAGACGACGAUGAGAAAUGGCUAGAAGAUAUUUAUAAGAGGUGAUGCCGGCACCAGAUUGCCUCUGUGGCUUCAAUCCCCCUCUUUACGAAGUUCUCUGGGGAAGAAAAAAAAUCUGAAGGGGACUUUCAUUAAUGCUCGGGUGCAUUAAAAAGAACAAAACAUUCCCACAUGUUGGGGUCAUUGGGAGAUGCCCGGUUUU